AUGGAUUAGGUUAAUUUUUUAACAACAAAUAUUUAGAAAAUUAAUUCUUUAUGUUUGUUUUAUAAAAGCUAAAAUUGUAUUGGUGAUAUUGGUACAUAAAGUAUAGCAGUAAGUUUAAGUAAUUGUAAUCUAAUCACAUCUUUAACACUUGGAUUAUAGUAAAUUUCUUUCUCUAACUUUAUUUAAAUUUUUUAGCGAUAGCUAUAUUUCAUUUUAUAAUUUUUUAAAUUAAAAAUUAAAAGUUUUUUUAUUUUCUACAAUAAAAGUGAGAAUAAAAUCAGUGAUGAAGGAGCUAAAUCUAUUGGUUUAGCGUUAAUCAAUCAAAAGAAUCUUACUAGUCUAUAACUUUACAUUGAGUAAAUUUUUAAUUAUAAAUUAAUAACAAAAUCAUUUAAAUUACCAUUACAUAUUUUAAUAUAAAUAAUUUUUAUAAUAAACUUAUUUAUUUUUUUUUAAAGUUUUAAUGAAAUUGGAAACUAAGGCUUAAUUAGUAUUGCUACGUGUUUAAGUAGCUGUAUUCUCAUCACAAGAUUAUCAAUUAGCUUAUUGAAAAAACUUCUUUUAAUCUUAUAAUAAUUAAUUAAUUAAUUAAAAAAUAUCUUUUUGAAGAAAAAAAAGAGAAAGCUGUUUUUAAGAAAGAUAAAAUGGAUCAAAUUUAAAAUUGCUAAAUGUUAGGUUAUGAUUAAAAUGAAUUAUUUAUCAUGA